UCAGUUUGUGUGUAUUUUUUCAUUACAAUAGUCAUAUUGAACAUAUUAUAAUAUUAAAACAAAGAUAAAAAAGAAACUAGAAGAAAAAAAAUUUCAACCUUUAAGCAAGAGAAGAAAAAAAGAAGAAAUAUUCGAUUUUUUCGUUUGUAAUAUUAAGAAAAUUAUUGCUAAAAUUUCAAAUAACCACAAAUAAAGUGUAAAACGUACAAUUAUUCCAACAAUACGGAACGAAUUUGUUGAAAAUUUAAAAGGGGAAAAAGUGAUUUUUAUAUAAAAAGCAAAACAACGCAAUUAGACAAAGAAAGAAGUUUUUUUUCGUUUGGUUGGUGGAAAAAAAAUGUACAAUAAAGAAAAAAUAUAAUUUGGUUUUAAUUUAUAAAGUAACAAAUAAAGGGAAAAUACACAGAAAAAUAAAAGCAUUAAGAGAAUUUAGAGGAAAUAUAUUUUGGUUUUUUUAACAAAAAAUUCAAGAAAAAGCAACAACGAAACGAUUUUUUAAAGAAAAUUUCGAAAGAAAUUAAAAUUUCUAGUUAAACAAAGAAGGAUAAGGAAAAAGCUUAAUAUAAAUUCUUAAUCCAUAACUAAAGCAACUAAAGUGAUAAUAAAUUAAAAAAAAAAUAAUAAUAUACAUAAAUAUGUACAUAUAAAAAAGUGUUAGUAGUGGAAGACACUGAAAAUAAUACAAAAAAAAAAAGAAAAAACGAACGAAAAAAAUAAUCAAAAUAUUUUGCUGUGUUGUACAACAACAAGAAAAAACUACUUUACAUUUUAUUAUUAUGAGUUUUUCUUUCAUUAGUGUUUCUGUUAUACGACUACGUUUAUAAUCAACUCGCGCUUUGUUGCUGCUGGCUGCGCCGCUAACGUAGACAUUGUUUUUAUACUAUUUUUCCCAUUUCACUUUUUCCUCCACCAUCACAAACACUAAAGUGUUUGUUGUAAUUGAGUUUUUUUUCGUAUUAUUAUUAUUUUGUUUUUGCUUCUUUGUAAUAUUAUUUGUGAGUGUGUGUGUUUGUGUGUAAGCUGUUAAAUGAAAAUUGCAGUAAUUUUACAAUUUUUCUUAUUUUUUCUUUAAAGAAAAUAGAAAAAACCAAAAAAAAAACAUUAAUUAAUCGACAUAAUUAAUUGCUGCUACAAUUAUAACUGCGCUGUUUAAAAAGAUUUGGAAUAUUUUAAACUGUUUAACUGGAGUAUAGAGUUUCGGCUCUCUCCUGAGAGAAAAAGAAAACACCACAUAACUUAUUAAAUGUUGAAAACUGAAUGCUUUAAAUGAAGGGACAGCAAUAUAGCUCUCCUUAUAACCUCUAUAAUAACAAAUACCAAUAAAACAAAUAAAAAAGGAACCCGAAUUAGAAGCAACACUGCCAAUUCAAUUGAAUAAAAUAAACUAAAAUAUUAUUGGUGACUUUGCAAUAGUCAUCGAUCCUUUACUCAGCUAGAAAAAAAAGCCUUAUGAAAGCUGGAAUUAAUUAAUUAUUAGCACAACUUUACCAACUUUCGAUAUAGUAAUACGAACAACACAAACAGCAACAUGUUGUACGUUUUUCACGUCGACGUGGGUCGCAUGUUAAAUUUCGAUAUGACAGUGGCACUGUCCUCUGUUGAAAAUCUCAAGGACACAAUAGAACGUUUGCAUGGCAUACCAGCGACGAAUAUUGUGCUGCUGGUGAGCGGUGGUGAAAUGUUGACACACACCACUCAGGUCUCAUAUUAUUCUGCCGGCACCGAUACAAAUCCCAUUUAUAUGUUUCUGACGGGAGAUGUUAAAUUGCCAUCAUCCUCGGCUUCAGGAGAUUCUGAUUUGGAUUUAAGGGAACAAGUUGAACGGAGCCUCGAGCUGCCGGCUGUUUAUGAAACGGUAGUGAAGAGGGCACAACUUGCCUUGCGCAUGCAUGAUUUGGCGCGAGAUGAGGAUCGCUUGUGUGAGCGUUUGGUACACGAACAGCAUUUGCAGCAGCAGGGUUGGUCGGCGGUGGUAGCUAAUAUGGAGGAUUUGACGGAAGAGUUUCGUUCACGUUUUCGAAAUUUCUGCGAAUCCUUUGACAGACACUUGGAAAGACGCGCUUCCUUUUUGGAACUCUUGCGAAAUUUCUCGGAUGACUUGUGUAAACUUUCUCGCAUACCCAUAUUGCCCGGCCUCAUGCCAUUAGCCGAGGCAGAUUUCCAUGGAUUUGAUGAGUAUCUAGAAAAUGAUGAUGUCUUUUCAAGAUCAACAAAUCAACAACAAUCGGUAUUAAUGGCAGGUGCUAAUGCGGCCGCUGUAAAUGAGGCGGCUGGUGAUGCUGUAGAGGCUGCUGGUGCUGGGGCAUCUGGUUCAGGAGGUGCCGAUAAUUCGGAUGACAAAAGCACCUCUUCUACUUCGACUUCGCCCAAUAAGAAACUGAAAAUGGCCAAUGAAUCGAACGAGGAGCGUACAUCUCAAACCUCACAAACUUCUAUAACUUCAAAUACGGCGCGCAGAUUAAAUUUGCUGCAGUGGAUAACUUCUAAAGAGAACCACAAUGUUUUGAGAACCAUGUCAGAGGAAUGCAUCCAGGGCCUGGCCACCUUCAACGAGGAUGUCUAUGAGAAACUCAAACUGGAGGUUCUAAGCAUAAUAAAAUUGGCUGAACAAAGUGACGUCAAAGAGAUACGUGGUUUGGGAGAACGGCUCUGUAAACUGGAGGAGUUCAAGUAUAAAAUAAAGAGUAUGGUCAAAGAUCAAAGAGAACUCUCGACCGCUUUUCAACAAAAUCAAAAUAGGGCCAUUAAUCUAAGAGAUACCUCGAUAUUGCCCGAUCUAUGUGCCUCGCAUCAAUCUCAGUUGCUGGUGAUGUUACAGAACCACAAAAAGAUACGUGAACAUAGACAUUGCAUAGCCAAAGCCAAGGAUGAGCUGGGUGCUAAUCUUCACGCCCGUCUUAAGCGUAUCGUGUACAUAGAAAAUGCCAUGAGCGAAUUUGACAAUCGUUUGCUCUUCUACCAUCGAUGCUUGAGACGGGCCGAACGCCACAUACACAUCAUCGAUCAAAUACACCAGGCACCCAAUAUGUAUGUGGCUGCAGUUACUGAAGUCAUGCGCCGCAAAAUAUUCUCCACAGAAUUCCGCUUGUGGGCCUCCAAACUGGCGGAAGAUUUCGAUUCUAUACACAGUGAAGAAAUGAAGCGACGUCAACAGUUUAACUGCAAUUUCGAGGGUCACUUUUUAAAUAUUUUAUUCCCCGGCAUGGCGGAUAUGCCGCCAGCUUUUGCUAAUGAAAAUCCCUUAAUAUUCGAUGCUCGUUUACCGAAUAUUUCUAGGUCAGAUAUAGAUGUUCUGACGACUCACUUGCCCGAAAUGACCUCGCAAAUACAUCUGCCCGACAUGGAACCUGUGAUAUACUUUUUCGUCUCCCGUUCGGGUACCCAUCAGCGAGAACGUUUCGAAGAAUUGCUCAAACAGAAACAAAAACGCGCAGCCGAAGAGUUUAAACAAAUUUCGGGAGAAGAUGAACAAUCUUCGUCCUCCCCUACGGCAAUGGUAGUAAGUGGUAAAUUGCCUUUAAAUCCUAGAUUAAGUGAAUUGCGCAAAGACGCUUCUGGGACAGUAGGCGGUGAAGAAUCUGAAACGGAUACCGAAACCGAAUUUGAACAAGUCCCCCCCAAUAGCCAACAAUCGGUAGCAACAUCAACCAGUGAAAAUCUGCAACAGUUUCCUACAAUCACAAAAAGUACCGCCACAGAUCUAUUGAUCACCCAAAGUGCUGCAACAUUGACGGACGAGACUUCGGAAACCCUCAAGAAUGAGGUGACUCACAUGCGUGCUAUGCUGGGAGCCAUGUCGAAAUUGGCCUUGGAAUGCAUACAAUUGGCUCGCAAUAAUUUGCAAACUUUCCGCCAGGAAUCCAUUUCUCAAAAGGAAGAUUUACAAUCUGAUCUGCAGACACUUAAUGACAAAUGGAAUGUUCUGAGAAUGCAAUGUGUGGCCAGAGAGCAAGAACUCAGCCAGCAGCAGACUAACAGAGAACAGGAAAUCAUACAACUUAAAGAAGAAUUAAAGCAACGGGACUACGAGUUAAAUGAACAAAAGGAGUUGAAUUGUGAAAUGUCCACAAUGAAAACAAAUUACGCUUCGUUGGAGGCACAACUCGAAGAGCUGAAAGAUAAAUUGAAAUUUGUGGAGGGAGAAAAAGAACAGGCGGUAUUAGAGGCAAGAGAGAAACUUAUACACGAACAUAAGACCGAAAUAGAGUCGCUAAGACAACGUUUCAAGUUAAUGACUUCCAUGGAACGUUCCCCCUCCGAUCUCAGCCUAGAGACGAGCCCCUUAAAUGACAAUGUCAUAGAUAAACAGCUACACGACACUAUUAUGUCACAACUGCGCAGCGAAUUGGAAGCUGAUAAAGAAAAGGCCAUAACGGCCGCCAUAGAAAUGGAACGCUCGAUAUGGCAAUCGAAAAUAUUCCCCUUAAACUCUGAAUCUGUGAUGGCAAAUGUUGGUAUUCUUAAGGAAAUGCUAGAGGAAAAGGAAAGGCAAUUGGAACAAUUGCGCGAAAAGGAUCUCAUGUUAACGAAGGAAAAUUAUCAGCUAAAAACACGUCUGGAUGCGCUCACCAAUGAGGAGGGCAACAGUUGGCUUAAAGAGAAAAUCGAUUACUUGCAUAGAGACAAGUGUCGUUUGGAGGAAGAACUCCAUAGCGAAAAAUCGAGACGUUUAGAAAUGGAAACCUCAUUUGCAGCUCUAAAGUGCUCCACUUACGAUCAAUCUCCCCUGACACGCUCUAAAUCCGGUGGCUCUAGUCAUAAGUUAAUUGUUUUGGAGUCCUGUACGAAGGGUGAUUUAGUUUUGGUGGUCUGGAGCAUACGUCACGCCCAAUUCAUGGUGGUCCAAGACUCGGCCAGUUUAUAUUUUGUCCAUGGUGAUAGUUUGACUGCUUUGAAUUUACGUUUACCCCCAGCCGGUGAGGAGUCUACCAUACCAAUGCCUUAUUAUGCCAUUGGCCGUGUGGUAGACAAGGAAUAUUGUCAAGCUAGAAAGGAUGAAAACCGUUACCGUGUUAAUAGAGGCUCGAAAUUCUAUCGCAUCAAAUUGGCACCCAUGGUUUCUAGACAGUUCUCAAGACGCGACCGUUUUGAAUCAUUCUCAACUUCUAUAAGUCGUUCGAUAUCGCAAUGUGAGUCUCAUAGUGAAGCUUCGCAGGCUUCAUGCUCAGCCGCUGCAGGAGCUAAUACUGCAGCAUCGGGCACUUCACCAUCUCUAAGUGCCACUACAAAUACUUCGUCCGGCAUAGGUAGUCUGCCCAAGGAUGUAGUAGAUGCCGCUGUUGCAACCACAAUACCCAUGGCUACAUCACCCAUUACAAUAAUAACAACUACAGCCAAUCAGGCAGCAGCUGCCGCACCGAACGCCCUGCUCGCUUUCAAAGAACGCACCAUGAGCAUAACCAGUGUUACCGAAGAAGACGAUGAGCCGGUAUCGCUGCUUAGUGAUCGUUGUCGCUAUAUUAGUGUCAGCGAAGAAGAUGAAAACCUUUUAGCUGCUGGGGCAGAUGUGGCCACCGCAACAGCUACACAAAAUAACAAUUUACAAACUCAACCACAACAUCAACAACAACAAACGACUGUGAUAACAGAGCAGCCAACAGCUACAGCCAGCAAAUUGGAAUUAGAUUUAAUGUUGGCCUCUGCCGAAAUAAAUAACGUAACAGCUGCAGCAGCAACAAACACCACCACCACCACAACCACUCAAGACGAUAGUGAAGCUUUUGUAGCUACCACAGUGUCCACUAGUGUUGGUACACCACAAAUUGUAGUCUCCACACCCUCUACAUCCUACAUGUUAACCCAAACUACAAACACCUCUGCAGCUAUUUUCAUACCCUCUAAUCAGGAAAUGACCGACAAAAGUUCACCCUCAAUACCAACCUCAAUUGGUACGACUAGUGAAGAUUCCGAUGAAUACAGAUCUUUGGAGCCUAAAGACGAUACUGAUUUCCCCAUAUCCGAAUAGUGUUGAAAUCAAUCUAUUAUUAUUACAAUUAAUACUAAUACUAGACCAUUUAGGAAUGGGUAAAGUUUUAUUUUCAUUUAUUUUUCUUUCAUUUUUUUAGUUUUAUAUUUUAUGAUGAUACUAUUAGUAACUACUAUUAUUAUUAUUAUUAAAAUACUAUUAUUACAACUUAACCCUACGACACACACUACGACUACUAAGCUUGACCAAUACAAAGAUACACAGAUAAAUUACAUGCAUGCACAUAAGGAUGGAAUUUAUUGGGCACUUUUUUAGAUUUUAGAUGAGGCUAUCAAGGUCUAUUAUUAGUUUUUGUCAUUUAACAAUCCAUUGCUGAAAAUUUUAGCAAAAACUAAUAACGUUUAUAUUUGAAUAGCUCUAAACGUUAUUGAAUUUUUAGAUGAUUGAGAGCAUCGAAAAUCUUAAAAGUGCAAAAUAAGGGCCAUCCUAAUAUACAUACAUAGAUAUACAAAAAAAUAUAUUUGUUUGUCUCCUAAAUACCAAACAAAAAGCAACAAAAACAUCUAGAAAUCUAGAAAAUUUACUCCCUCUUUGAAUGUUGUGCUGCUAAUCCUUCAAUGUUUUAAUGUAAA